CAUUCUUACACGGAACGUUCAUGGUGUUACACAGGAAGUCAUAGAGAAGUGGACGGCUUGAGUGUUGAUGUUGGUCAGUUUGUAGACAGUCUAUCAAUUAUUGGUAUUACAUUUUUUUCAAACGUGUUUUAUGAUCUAUAUCCAACAUGCUGAUUAAAGUAAAGACCCUCACAGGAAAAGAGAUAGAGAUCGAUAUCGAGCCCACAGACAAGGUGGAGCGAAUUAAAGAGAGGGUAGAGGAAAAGGAGGGCAUCCCACCACAGCAACAGAGACUUAUCUACAGUGGAAAACAGAUGAACGACGAGAAGACGGCAGCGGACUACAAGAUCCAAGGAGGCUCGGUGCUCCAUCUGGUCCUGGCGCUAAGAGGAGGGCUGCUACUGCUCCCCGUGCCCAGGAAAAACCUCACUCCUUAGGGGUCCCGCUCUGUGCCUGUCUGCCCCCCAUCCCCCAGACAGGUGGUGCGGUAUCCAUUACAGUCCGACCCCGGGCCUUCCCAUUACACCAUUCGGAAUUCCGGUGCUCUCCCGGCUGAUGAAAAAGCAACAGUUUUAAAACAGGUUUAAAAACUUUAAGAAAACAAAUGGACUUUGCUUGCUCAUGUGUAGAUGUUCAAUCUGUAACCCACCCAUGCGUUUGAAGUCCUCUGAUGAGCGCACCUGCUCCGUGCAAAAUGACAAGAGCAAGUUUGACACCUGUGGUUAUGUUUGAUUAAAUGGUUCACUUGAUUGGGUGUUUUUGUUGUGAGAUACCCACAUGCAUCAUGGAUAAACAUACUCUCGGUUCAGGUUGUAGAGGAAUUUUCAGAACCCUGUUCUGUAUUUAUUAGCAAUUUACAGGUUUCAAAGGCCACACAACACACUGCAUCUUCCUCCUGGGAUAUAAUGGUCAUGUCAUAAUUCCUUUUAAUGAUGCAACAGUCAACAUAAUUAGAUUGGACAUCUGAAAUGGUCAGCAAGGAAUGGGAUGGACAUUUGAUUUACAGAAUAAAUUCAUUUCACUUUCGAAA